AUGAUCACAUAUGUGGUUGCAGAGGAUGACGAAGAUGAAGAUGGUGAAGGAGAGGGAAGAAAUGAUGAUGAUGCGAAAGUUGAUGACGACGACGACGAUGAUGAUGAUGACAAGAAAAGGAUAUCCGGAGUGUUCGUAUCCAAAGGAGAGUCGUGGUCAUACACUAAUCCCAUGAUGGUCAGCGAUGAGCCCCAUAAGCCUAGACGCGCCACAGUGAAGGAGAAGCCGUCGUCAGGGGAAGACCACGGCCACCACCAACCACAACACGGGGUACUCUCCGCCAAGAAGAAACGAGAAAACAUGAAAUCAAAAACUGCUCAGUCCCUGGACAGUGCGAACAUCUUGUUCGACUCAGACACCCAUCGACUCUCUACCAUCAUAGCUGGCGAUGACGUCAUCAUCACCGCUAACAAAUACGCAGAUGACGACCGCCACGAACGUUCAUCUGUCGCUCGAGCCUCUGCUGACGCCAAAAAAGAUAAUUUACACUCUGAUCCCAUGCGCAGUUCAGCCGAAGUUGACGACAACUUCCAAUCUAUCCUACGAGAGAGCGCGAGUAGUAAAGAAAGUAGCAGCGGUGGUGGUGAUGGUG